AUGUCGGUGUCCGAUGACUUAUGUGAAGAUCAUUUAGGGUUCUAUCUCCCUCAUCAUGCUGUCCUAAAGGACGACAGCAUCACCACCAAGAUCCGUGUAGUCUUUGACGGUUCUGCGAAAACAUCUACGGGAAUUUCCUUGAAUGACACUUUAAUGGUUGGUCCACAACUUCAGGAUAGUUUAUUUACAAUACUCACUCGUUGGCGAUCUCACCCUUACGUGCUCACUGCCGACGUAGAGAAGAUGUACAGGCAAAUCCUCGUACACCCCGAGGAUGCAAUCUACCAAAAAAUUCUGUAUCGCGAAACCUCUCAAGAGCCCAUUAAGACCUGUUUGCUGAGCACAGUCACCUAUGGCACUGCUUGUGCGUCUCACUUAUCAGUGCGCACCCUUCAUCAACUUGCUUACGAUGAAGGUCCUGCAUACCCUCUGGCUGUCAUCGCUCUGCUGAGGGACUUCUACGUCGACGAUUUGUUUACCGGCGCUAAAACUCUCGCAGAAGCAGAGUGCAUACGUGACGAAUUAAUUAAUUUAUUGAAAAGGGGCAAAUUCCGUCUUCGCAAAUGGGCCUCCAACGAGCCUGCCCUUAUCCAAAAUUUACCUCAGGCCUCAGAGGGAACCCACAUGUCCCUGGAUCCUGACGCUACCAUCAAAACUCUCGGUAUACGGUGGAGUCCUCGGGACGACACACUCUUCUACACUAUUAGCGCGCCUGCUUCCGAGGCCACUACCAAGCGUGCAAUUUUAUCACAAAUUGCGAAACUAUUUGAUCCACUAGGCCUCCUUGGCCCUAUAAUUGUCUAUGCUAAGAUAAUAAUGCAGCUUUUGUGGAAGGCUGGACUGGCCUGGGAUGAAUCAAUCCCGAUCUCAAUUCACUCACUAUGGGCCCAAUUUCGGGCCCAGUUGUCUAUGAUUGAAGAGCUGCGUUUCAAGCGCAGCGUUGCUUUCUCGGGAGCAGUCGAUGUCCAAUUGCAUGGAUUUUGUGACGCAAGCGAGCGAGCAUACGGAGCAUGUAUCUACAUCCGCUCUAUCGAUGAGGCUGGGCAUGUUCGUACUCAUCUGGUUUGUUCAAAAUCACGAGUUGCCCCAGUGUCAUCACUAUCAUUACCUCGAUUAGAGCUCUGCGCUGCGUUAUUGCUUUCCAGACUCUAUGACGUAGCUAUUAAAACCCUAUUGUUGGAUAUUAAGGACGUUUACUUAUGGUCUGACUCGACUAUCACACUUCAUUGGAUAAAUACCCCUCCUCAUCUACUAAAAACCUUCGUUGCCAAUCGAGUGGCGGAGAUUCAGAGGCUUUCUCAUCGUUGCCAUUGGCGCCACGUGUCUUCUCAAGACAAUCCCGCGGACUCUAUUUCGCGUGGCCAAACUCCGGCUGAGUUCGUGGCCAACAGCAUCUGGCAGACUGGCCCAAGUUGGCUGCAGUGCGAGCCUAGCACUUGGCCCAAGGGAGCUCUCCCUUCAAUCGACAUUCCAGAAAUGAAGCCUAUAAUUCCCGAUCGCGUGCUUUGUAUGAAAAUAGAGUGCGGACUCAAUGAUCUGCUCGAAAAAUACCACUCUAGCCAUAAAUUAAAACGGGUAGUGGCUUACGUAAUGCGUUUUGUUUACAACGCUCGCCAUAAAAAUCAUCGCAGAUUUGAUCGAUUAAGUUUACAGGAGCUACAACAAGCUCAUGAUCUCAUAAUAAGGAUUACUCAGCACUCCGCCUUUCUGAAAGAAAUAAAGCAACUAAAAAACAAUGAAGUUAUCUCCGACAAUAGUAAAUUAAUUCCGUUAAAUCCCUAUCUUGACGAGCAAGAUCUCCUAAGAGUAGGAGGAAGGCUGGCUCGUUCCUCGCUAACUAAGGAGCAGCAACACCCCCUGCUCUUACCAGCUCGUCAUUAUAUAACGCGUCUUAUCAUAACCGAAGAGCACGUGCGGCUGAAGCAUGCUGGCACUCAAGCCACCCUAUACUCGGUGCGUCAAACGUAUUGGCCCUUAGACGGUCGCAACAUUACGCGAAAAAUUAUCUAUCGUUGCAUUACCUGCUUUCGAGCGAAACCGCGUGCCGCUGAUCACGUCAUGGGAAUCCUGCCUGAACCCCGUGUCACCCCUUCCCGUCCUUUCCUCCGUGUUGGAGUCGACUACUGCGGUCCUUUAUACAUAAAGGAAAAACGCUUUCGCAAUCGUAGCCGAUUGAAGGUUUAUGUCGCAAUUUACGUAUGCAUGUCAACCAAAGCAGUUCACUUAGAACUAGUAAGUGAUCUCACCACCGAGGCCUUUAUUGGCAGCCUCCGAAGAUUGUUUUCAAGGCGUGGAAAAUCUCUCGAGAUAUACUCGGAUAACGCCACGAAUUUCGUCGGGGCAAACCGUGAGCUUAAUGAACUGCAAACAUUGUUUAAUUCGGAGGAGCAUAAGAACUCCGUCCUAAGUUUUCUUACGUCCGAAAGGAUAACUUGGCAUUUUAUUCCCCCUCGUGCCCCCCACUUCGGUGGGCUCUGGGAGGCCGCCGUAAAAUCUUUUAAGCAUCAUCUGAUUCGUACAGUUGGUGAUACGCUGUUAACAUUUGAACAGCUCGAGACGUGCGUUAUAGAAAUAGAAGCAAUUUUAAAUUCCCGCCCUAUUUCUCCUAUGUCCUCUGAUCCAAAUGACCUGCUCUCCCUUACCGCUGGUCAUUUCCUAGUUGGUGGUCCUCUGACAAGCUUUCCUCAGGACGACCUCACCGACACACCAUCUAAUCGCCUAUCAGCUUGGCAACAUGCUCAGCAGCUGAAGCAACAUUUUUGGAAGCGCUGGCACAAGGAAUACCUACACCAACUCAUAACCCUGAGCGGGCACCUCGACAAAUCGAACGUUCUACAGGUUGGUUCACUGGUGCUUAUUGUAGAAGAAAAUCUUCCUCCACUUCAAUGGGCGCUAGGGCGCAUUACCACAGUACAUCCCGGAGCAGACGGCAUCAUCAGGGUGGUUACCGUGAAGACUUCCACCGGCGAAUACAAACGCUGCACCAAACGCGUGUGCCCAUUGCCCCUUGACUAG